AUGGUGCCAAUCGUCUAUAUUCACGGCAAAUAUGCCGGUUGUAAUCAUGCCGUGGCGAAGGAGCUGUGCAAGUUGAUCCCAAACUCAAAGCUCAUCGAUGAUAGCCUGAAUGUCGGCCCUGCAAAAGCGGCUGCCCGAAGUGCAGAAGAGUACUGGUCCUUUCGUACCGCGCUGCGACGAAGGAACUUACGAUCUAUCUACAGCGAGGAGUCCGCCAGCGAGACAACAUGGAUCAUAGUCGAUCAGGAUUACAGCCAGGAGAGUAAGAGCUUUCUUGCCGCGGACUACGAGUUUGCCGCUGUCUCGAGCCACUCGCCGGUCAUCUCAAUUAUCAUCAACUACGAUCUCGAAUUGUCUUGCAAAAAAGCCAGAGAGGAUGCCAAGGAUUCUGUGGCAAACAACGCAAAGGCGGACGAGCUCGAGAAAAUACGUGACAGAUGCAAUAAGGAACAGGUCUUCCGUUUCCGGAAUGACUAUGAACUUGAGUUUGAAGUGACUUUAAUGUCUCCAACUAUGGCGGCCGAGACGGUCCGAGCUCAUAUUCAGACGGUUAAAAGACGCCUGGAGAAGAAAGAGAAGCACGCAUGGAUUCGGGCUUAUUAA